AUGGAUACAACAAAAGCGAAUGAGUCGGGAAAAACACAACAGGAUGAUGGAACAACUGCUGCAGAAAGUAUAUUUGGAUCUAUGACAGGGAAGACACCGAUACAGUGCCGGAGGAUGGUAGAUAAAUUUGCACAGGAAUUUCUUCAGAGAAGGAAAGAGAGAGCUGAGCUCGAAAGCUUGGCAGAGCUACAAGCAGUUGAAGAAAAUGGUGCAUCAUUUGCUGGUGAGAAUGCAUGCCCAGCUGACAAUGCUGAUUAUUCAAAUGGUGAUGAGCAUGGGAACAAAGAAGAUGAAAAAUAUGAAGAAACUCUUGAGUCAGUGCUGAAUCCAGAGGUACCGACUGCUGAAGAGCUUGAAAUGGACAGAAUGUUUGCAAACAAGAAGUAUCCAACAAUGCAAGAGAUAUCAGAGGCAGCUACUCCCACAGUUGGGAUGGAAUUCGAUUCAAAAGAUGAUGCAUUCUUCUUCUUUGCAUCGUACGCAAGAAGGGUUGGAUUUGCAAUAAAAAGGGACACCUCCUACGAGUCUAGAAAAACCAAUGAAAUAACAAGACAGACAUUCUCAUGCAACAGGUGCCGUGACGAUACAUACGUUGACAGUGCACUCAGACAGAGACGGACUUCCAGGAUUGUGCAGACAAAAUGCAAAGUCAGGAUGUUUGUGAAGGAAUACAGAGGAAAGUGGUCAAUAAGUAACGUGAGACUAGAACAUAACCACAACCUAGCUCCGUCAGAGUGGAUAGUAAGGUUCAUGAAGUGUCACAGGUCAAUGUCUGCAUCAGACAAGACUCUGAUCCACAUCCUACAAGAAACAAGAGUUCCACCCAGGAACAUAAUGAAAAUAUUCAGGAAAACAAGGGGAAGCUUCAGGGCAGUUCCAUUUGAUACAAAAAACCUAGAGAACGAGCUAGCAAAAGAAAGAAAGAAAAUUAAGAACAGGGACAUUGAAGAGUUGUUGCUACUAUUCAAGGAAGCACGUGAAAAGAUGCCUGGAUUCAGACAUUCACUUGAUGUUGACAGCGAUAAUAGAGUGAAAAGUAUAUUUUGGACAGACCAGAUAGGGAGGGCAAACUACUCAAAGUUUGGGCAAUUUGUAUCAUUUGAUACAACAUUUUCAACCAACCAGUAUGGGAUGCCAUUUGCUCCAAUAUUAGGGGUUGAUAACUAUGGCAAAACAGUCGUGUUCGGAGUAGGACUGCUCGAGGAUGAGAGAGCAGACACUUUCAAGUGGCUGUUUGAGGAAUUCCUGUCUGCUAUGGACAACAAGCACCCAGAAACUAUAAUAACAGACCAAGACGUUGCAAUGAGGAUUGCAAUAUCCGAAGCAUUACCUUACACGAUUGCACCGUUUCGCAACUUUCACAUCAGCAAGAACCUGGAUGACAAGUUGUCCCUAUUCUUCGCAGAGAAGAGGGACUCGAAGGAAGAACUAAGAGCGGUUAUAAGGAACUCAUUUACUCCAGAGGAAUUCGAAAAUAGUUGGCAUGAUCUACUGGAGCGUCACAAUGCUUUGGGAGAGCCACACCUGGACAGGAUAUAUGACAUCAGAGCUCAGUGGGUCCCAAGCAUAUUUCAAAGAGAGAUUCUUCCCAUUCACUUCAUCGACGGGGAGAAGUGA